AUGAACAACAAAAAUAAUAUUCCUAUGGAAAAAAAAAAACAAAAAAAAAAAAAAGACAGUGACAAGGCUGAACAUAGAGAGAAAGAACAUAUAAAGAAAAAAAAUGAUGUAACAAAAAAAAAAUUAACAUUAGGUGUUAAAGAUAAAAUAGAAUCAAAAAAUAAGAAUGAAAAUGAUAUGAAAAAGAAAAACGAAAAAGAAAAUGAAGAAAAAAAGAAAAUAGCUAAUGAUACUAAAAAAAGAAAUGAAAAUGAUUCAAAAACAAAAAUUAUUGGUAAUGAUAAAAAAAAUUAUCCUUUAAAAAAUAACACACCGUUUGAUAUAACUGUAUUAAACAAGGAAAAGGAAAAUUUGUCUGAAGUAAAAGGCCAUCAUAAAAAUGUUAAUUCGUUAAUAAGUAGAGUAAAUAUAGAUCUGGAAAAAGAUGUAAAUAAUGUAGUGGGGAUAGAUUUAGUAGAUGAAAUGAGCAGCUUAAUAUUUAAUGAUUCCAAUGCUGUCGUUAUAAAUAAAAAUUAUCUUUUCACUCUCGCUCAAAAAUACCUAGGCUCAGAAGAAUAUUUGUUAAUCAAGAACUCGUUAACUAAAUACAAACUGGAUGAUGUAUUAAUUUUUAAAAACAUUCAAAUAUAUUACAAGAAAAAUCAUGCUUUAGUUGUCGACGAAGAAAUAUUUUCUUAUUUCCUAAAGAAAAAUAAAAAUUCCACUGAUGGUUCUGAUCAAAAUGAUAGAGUAAAUUGCCCCGUGGAAAAUUCUGAAGACAAAGAAGAACUAAGUUGCAUUUUCAUAAAACCAAAAAAUUAUAUUUCAUUAUAUGAAGAAGAAAUUGAAAAGGAAAUAAAUUCAACAAAUGUCACUGAAAAUAGGAAAAAAUUUAAAAAAUACAUAUAUAUUAGUAAAAAGAAAAAAAAAGAAGUAAAAUAUGAGUUCACGGACUAUGAUAAUUCCAUAUCGAUUAAAGAUAAUACAACACCUAAUUCUACCGUGCAAGAAAGAACGUUAGACUUUUGCUCCAAAAACUCGAUUAUACUUAGAGAAAAAAGUUGCCAGACAUACAAGACAGUUUACAAAAAUUUAGGUGUUCAAUAUAACAUAGAUUUUUUAAAAAAAAAAAAAGAAGAAAUAAUGAAAUCAAAUAAGUUGCAGAAAUUUCUUCAUAAUGUUUUUCCUAUUAUUGAAAAGUUCAUUAUUGAAAAUGUCAUAAUAAUAGAGAAAAAUGCGCAACCGAAUAUUCAAAGCAUGGAUAUAUUAUCUUUUAAAAAUAUUAAAAAUUUAAAUAAAAUAUUUAUAUAUACAGAUGUAAAAUAUACAACAGAUAAAGUAGUUUUGUUUACUCUGUAUCUGUCUCUAAUAAAUUACUUAAUAUUUAUUAUAUAUAUAAAUAAUUAUAGCAAUGACAGUUUCAUUGAAGGGGUUAACACAGACAGCUAUAUACUCGUUUGGUCUUAUACAAACUAUAUUAAUCCAUUAUACGCCUUAAUAUCUCCAUAUCAAAUUUCCAGCGCGGUUGUAAAUGAUAAGGGCUACGAUUUGGUCAUUGCUGGUUGUAGCAACGGAUUGUUAGUUAUUUGGAAGUUACCCCCAAAUUUUUAUGGAACCUCUAUCUUACAUUCCAAAAUAAAUAAAAAAACAGUUGACAUAGAACCAUACUUAUUUAGCAGUAUAGAAUACUCACAUAAAAGGGAAGUAACAACCCUUAUAUUUUUAAACGAUAAAAAUUUAAUAUUAAGCGAAAAGAAAAUAUCUAUUAACAAUCAGAAAAAUUCCCACUUAUUGGUGUCUAUUUCUGUUGAUGGGACAAUACUAAUAUGGGAUGCAACAAAUAUUGAAAAAGUUGAAGUAAAAAAUAAUACAAAGAAGAAAGAAAAAGAAUUAACAGAUGAACUAUAUAGUUUCAAGCCACUUUUCAAAAUAAAUACUACUAGACCAAAUACAGAGUAUUCUUUAGGAUUCACCUAUUUUCAUUUUAUUGAGAUAAACUCUCAUGUAUCCUCGUUUUUUGCCUUUUCCGAAGAAGGGGAAUACAUAAUUGGUAAUAUGUAUGGAUGUAUGCAGAAGGAGAAAAAUUAUUCCAUUAUUAGUAAAAUAAAUGAUGAUUACAAAAGUUUUAAGACACUACUAUGUGUAAAGAGAAAUAGAAUUAUUAAAUACUUAAUUCUGACUUUAACUGAUACCAAUUUUUACUUAUGGAAAGAAAAUGAAGAGCAUCCCCUAUAUGCUUCCCCAAAAAGCAAUGAAAUAUACUCCUGCUGUGAAUUUAGUCACACAAAAAUAAGUGUCAUAUUUAUAGGGAAAAUAAAUGGGCAUAUAGAAAUAUGGAAUUUAUUGGAACAAAAAAAUCAUUGUAUAUGUUCAUUGUCAAUUAGCAGUUAUAGUUUAACAUGUAUAAGUAUUUUUUACAAUUUCGAUUCUAAUCUAUUUAACAAUAUGGAUAAGAAAACUAAAGUUCCCAAGGUUGAUAAUGAUCUUACGACAUACGAAAAUUUUGAUGAGGUUGUAGAUACGAAUGAAUACUUGAUGAGCAAAAAUGAAGACGAUGUAUACAUGUAUUCCUACAACAAGAUAAUAAUUGGAGAUUCGAGUGGAUGUGUCUUCGUUUAUGAAAUGGAAGAAAGCUUAUUAAACUCGUCGAAGGACGAAAUUGAUGAAUUUUUACUAUGGGUUGAAAACAGAAUAUUCGUGAAUAAACAAAAAGUAAAGAGACAAUUGGAGUUAUGCGAAGAAAAAGAAAAAAUGAAAAAGAAGAAAGAAAAAAAUACAAAUGAAAGGAAAGAACAACUCAAAGCUAAACUAGACGAAGAUUACAAAAAUGUAUUAGAGAAAUAUAAAAGUUAUUUAUUAGGGAAUAAAAUAUGA